AUUAGGUCCCAGCCCGGCAGAGAGGGAGCCAGGCCAGGUACGGCAGGUCGUCACCCUUGCAUCUUUCCUCUUCUUCUCCACACCUAAAACCGACACAAGAAAAGCAAACCUCUGGAAGUGUGGUAAUGGCUCCUGCAUCGAACAAGGGCAUUUCCGUCCCGAUUCUAUUGACAGCCUUUGCAGCUUCAUCAGCCCUUAUCUUCUUCUUCCUCCUUCCUUCUCUCUCCUCCAUUUGCUCUUCACCUUCCCAACCUAUACAGCGAAGCUCGGUAUACAGCAGUCCCAAUCCCAUCUCUCCAACCCCAGAAGACAUCUCCUGGCUCAAAUCCCAGCUCCAGAUCAACCGCCUCCCCGACCCUCCUUCAUCUCCUGAAGCCUGGCAUUCUCUCCGCAAAGGCAUCAAUCCCCGCACCCGUGCCCAACAGCUCGAUGACUUCAAAAGAUUCAAAGGCAUUUCACAUUAUGAAGACCCAGAUGAAGCCAACAACCACACUGGUCUCCCAUGCCCUGGCGAAUUAUUGAUCGAGGAGCACCACAGCAACUACGGUGAACCUUGGGCCGGUGGCCGCGAUGUCUUUGAAUUCCUUGCUAGCUCUUCCCGCAUCUCCCCUGAUGCCCACGUCCUCGAGAUUGGCUGUGGGACCCUCCGUGUGGGGCUGCACUUCAUCCGCUACCUUAACCCUGGAAGAUUCCACUGUUUGGAGCGUGAUGAUCUUUCUCUGAUGGCUGCAUUACGGUAUGAGCUCCCUUCUCAGGGGCUCCUGAACAAGCGGCCUAUGAUUGUCAAAGGUGAGGACAUGGAUUUCAGUAGGUUUGGACCUGACGUUAUGUAUGAUUUGAUCUAUGCAAGUGCAGUUUUUCUUCACAUGCCGGAUAAGCUUGUUUGGGUUGGGAUGGAGAGGCUGACGAAGAGAUUGAGGCCUUAUGAGGGUCGGAUUUUUGUUUCACAUAAUAUAAAGUUCUGUUCGCGAUUGGGAGGAGAUGAGUGCACAAAGCGGCUGUCGAGUCUUGGGCUCGAGAAUGUGGGGAAAAAGACACAUGAUAGUUUGUUGUUCAAUCAUUACGAGAUUUGGUUCGAGUUUAGGCGGUCAAAGGUGUAGGAGUUUAGUGGUUUAUAUGUAUUCUUCAUUAUAUUCUUCAUUAUCAGAUCAGUUGUGAUCAGGAGCUGAAGAAUUGCUUCUAGGUGGUUGGGCGUCAUCUCUCAGUGCUUUAUUUACAUCUUUGGAGAUUGAAUUUUGCAAUGUAUAACGGUGAAGAGAUGAGAUGGGCGAACAAUGCAGAUCUGAGGUCUUGAUUGGUUGGUUGCUCUGAAUUUGGGAUCAGGUUGGGCCCCACUUUGUAAUUCUUAUUUAAUGGAUUUUUUGAGAAUUUCUUCAAAUUUGUAAUUUUGGUUCGGAGAGUUGACUGAGUUGAAAGGUGAGGGAGCUCUACAUCUAUGUCAACAGUUUCUUGCCAGAUUGAAUAACUUGUUUCUA